AAAAAAAAAAGACUGUAUUUUAAUUGAUCCGCAGGGAAAAAGGAAGAAGAGGGAACAAUAAUGGGCGGCGCCGCGGUGUAUGGAGGUUCACGCGCCACCGCCAGAUACCUCUGCAGUUCUUCUUUUUCUCAUGACCAUGUAAGAUUCAUCAAAGAUGUAGCUGUCACUCAACCUCCUCAGUAUUUGAAUCAGCUCUUGAGAAUGCUCACUGUUGUGAAAUCCCAGUGCUUGUAUCACCCUGCAACAGGUGAAUCCAUUGUUUCUCCUGGAGCAAAGCAAGGCUUAAUUCCACUUGCCAUUCCAUUAACAAAAAACAGCUCAGGCACUAUAACUGCAUUGCUGCGGUGGCCAACAGCUCCACCAGGCAUGGAGAUGCCAGUAGUGGAGGUCCGACAACAUGGAGUUUGGCUUUUAGCCAAGAAUGUAGCUCAAUUUAUUCAUAGAAUGUUGGUAGAAGAAGAUGCUAAUAACUCCCAAGAAUGUGGUGAUGAGCUAUUUCAUGCUGCGGGGGAUGCUGGGAAGAAACUCUAUGAAAAAGGCGACUAUGCUAAAUCAAAUAUUUCAGAUCUAGAUGUCUAUCUUCUAAGAAAGGUUGGUUUAUUUCCAGAUGUCCUAGAACGCAAAGUGAUCCACCAUUUUGAGAACGGAGACCAUGUUUCAGCUUUGGUAACUGCCGAAUUUUAUACGAAGAAGAAACACUUUCCUGGAUUUGCACGGCCUUUUGUAUUCAACGCAGAGGUUCUGCUGAAGGUUGGCCGUAAGAUAGAAGCUAAAGAUGCUGCCAGGGGAGCUCUGAAAUUGCCAUGGUGGACAUUGGGUUGCAAAUAUGAGGAAGUUGCUUGUAUUGCACAAUGGGAGGAUGAACAAAUUCAGUACCUCAAGGAAAAAGUUACAGAGAAGGGAAAGCAAGAAGAUCUUAACAAAGGAAAACCAGCUGCCCAGAUAGCAUUAGACGAGGCUGCAUUUUUGUUAGAUCUAGCUUCUAUCGAAGGGACUUGGGAUGACACAUUGGACCGUCUUGUUGAAUGUUACAAGGAAGCUGGAUUACACGAUAUUGCAAAAUUUCUGUCGUAUAGAGAUUGAGAUAUCCAGAAGUUGAUAUAAAGGUACCUAUAUUUCUUGAUAGAACUUUAUCUACCGGGGUCUUUUGCACGUGUUCUCGGCGUCCUGUUACUGAACAAUAUGAGAGAGACAGACCGCAUAUGUAUUUUUGUUCAGAUUUGCGCUGUUUUCAUAGACAAUUUAUGCUGGAGAAAGCCGAACAACGGAUGACAGAGUUGCCUUAAUCUAAGGGAGCGAAAGCUAUUAAUCAAUUUCGUCUAAAUUGAAUCAUUGCAAAUGGUAUACCUUCUGAAGCAGUAGAUGAUAUAAUUUUACUCUGUUUUAUACUUUCUGGGCAUGAAAUUAAUCAGAAUUUGAAAAAGCCAUUUGUCCUUUGUA